AUGCCGGCGGCCGUGACUGCUGCCAAUGUGUCCGAUGAUCCACAAAAGUACGAGAUCGAACACGUUCAUUCUGUGUAUGAGGAGAUCGCACCUCAUUUCUCUUCUACGCGCUACAAACCGUGGCCCAUUAUCGCACAGUUCCUAGCAUCCCUGCCGGCCGGAUGGGUGGGUCUUGACUCUGGCACAGGGAACGGAAAAUACCUACCGCUGCCACUUGACCGGCCGGGGGAUGUCUGGACGAUUGGCUUGGACAGGAGCAGGAAUCUCUUGGAGAUCGCGCGUUCCGCAGGCGCAAAACGGAGAGAGGUCGUGUGGGGAGAUGUGCUAGACGGGCCGUGGAGGCCCGGAGUAUUCGACUAUGCUAUCUCUAUUGCAACCAUCCACCAUUUGUCAACACAUGAAAGGCGAAGGGAAGCCAUACAGCGCUUGCUCGAAUGCAUCUCGCCAUUGCAUGGACGUGCACUCAUCUACGUGUGGGCAAUUGAGCAGGACGAUCUCUCUAAACGAAGCAUAACUUCAGCACAACCUAAGGCGGCAAUAUCUGUUCAGGAAGAUAUCUCACCUGCAGGGCAGGACGUCUUUGUGCCGUGGGUACUCUCAGCUCAGAAGUCUCUCAAGUCGAAUGGCGCUCGCGAAUCGUCAGCAAGUCCAAGACAAUCGCCACAAGAGGACGACGUGGAAGGAACUCAGGAAGCAAAGUCAAAAGUCUUCAAUCGCUACUACCAUAUGUUCGCAAAAGGUGAGCUACCGACCUUGGUGAGCGCCGCGGCGAGAGGGCUAGGGCUAGACGUGGGUGAUCCGGACGACAUCAACCAAGGCGGAGGAACAAGAGGCAUCCAAAUCGUGCAAGAUGGCUGGGAACGAUCCAACUACUAUAUAGAACUUAGGCGUUGGGAGAAAUGA